CAAAGCCACAAACCCGACUUGUGAACCACUGACUUCUGAUACACCGUUGCGACGUUGCAUUAUUCUGCUUCCACCGUUACUAACAUUUUUACAGCUAGUGACAGUGUACGACCGAACGUUGAUCAGGGUGGUGGUGCGGGUGCAGCCAUGUCGAGUAGCUUUCGCAGUCGGAGGACAUUGCCGAUCGAGGAGGAUGGCGAGGACGCGCCACGCGCCGACCUGCUGCCCGGUCACCAACGCUCCGACAGGAGAUCCGCUAGCUCCACCAACCUUGACCAGCAUGUCGUGCUCGGCUCGCACUCGCCCGGGCACGUCGUCGUCGACUUGCGGCCAACGGCGGCCAACGUCGACGGCGGCGGCAAGCUCGAGCUCGACCCCGUCGGUCGCAUGCCCGUGCAUUUCGUGCUUGCGUUCCACGACCUGACGUACAACGUCGGGCGGCCGAGGAGGAUGGCGUUUUGGCGGCGGAGCCGUCACGUCGAGACCGACGCGACGACUGCACGCGGGGGCGGCGCGAGGGCGCGGGAGGGGGCGCUGCUGCUCGACGGCGUCUCCGGGGAGGCGCGGGAGGGGGAGAUCAUGGCCGUGCUCGGCGCGAGCGGCGCCGGCAAGACCACGCUGAUCGACGCGCUCGCCGACCGGAUCCAGCGGGACAGCCUCCGCGGCGCCGUCACGCUCAACGGGGAGCCCCUCGGCGGCCGCAUGCUCAAGGUCAUCUCGGCGUACGUCAUGCAGGACGACCUCCUCUACCCGAUGCUCACCGUCGCCGAGACGCUCAUGUACUCCGCCGAGUUCCGGCUCCCGCGGUCGCUCUCCGCGUCCAAGAAGGCGACCCGGGUGCAGGAGCUCAUCGACCAGCUCGGCCUGCGCGCCGCGGCGAACACCAUCAUCGGCGACGAGGGGCGCCGCGGGGUGUCCGGCGGCGAGCGCCGGCGGGUGUCCAUCGGCAUCGACAUCAUCCACGACCCCAUCAUCCUGUUCCUCGACGAGCCCACCUCCGGGCUCGACUCCACCAGCGCGUUCAUGGUGGUGAAGGUGCUGCAGGGCAUCGCGAAGAGCGGCAGCGUCGUGAUCAUGUCCAUCCACCAGCCGAGCUACCGCAUCAUCGGCCUCAUCGAUCGUCUCAUGUUCCUCUCCCGAGGCCGGACGGUGUACUACGGCCCGCCGGCCAGCUUGCCGCUGUUCUUCUCGGAGUUCGGCCACCCGAUCCCCGACGGCCAGAACCCGGUCGAGUUCGCGCUCGACCACGUACGCCAGCUCGAGGCCAUCCCAGAAGGAACCGACGAGCUCGUGGAGUUCAGCAAAGCGUGGAGAGAGAAGGCGUUGGCCCGUGCAGUCUCGUCGGCGGCAUGCACCGGCCGCCACGACAAGCCGUCGCUGCCGCUUAAGGAGGCCAUCAGAAUGAGCAUCGCCCGUGGCAAGCUGGUGUCGGGCGCCACCACGAGCACCGGCGACAACGGCACCGCGGCGGCGGCGGCGUCCACGGCCAAAGUGGCGACGUACGCGAACCCGUGGUGGGCGGAGGUGUGGGUGCUGGCGCGGCGGGCGUUCACCAACACGCGGCGCACGCCGGAGCUGUUCCUGAUCCGGCUGGCCACGGUGGUGGUGACGGCGUUCAUCCUUGCCACCGUGUUCUGGCGGCUGGACAACACACCCAAGGGCGUGAACGAGCGGUUCGGCUUCUUCGCCAUCGCCGUGUCCACCAUGUUCUACACCAGCGCCGACGCGCUCCCGGUGUUCCUCGUGGAGCGCUACAUCUACCUCCGGGAGACGGCGCACAACGCCUACAGGCGGUCCUCCUACACGGUCUCCAACGCCAUCGUCGCCUUCCCGCCUCUGGUCGCGCUCUCCCUCGCCUUCACGGCCAUCACCUUCUUCGCCGUCGGCCUCGCCGGCGGCGCCGGGGGUUUCCUCUUCUUCGCCCUCAUCGUGCUCGCCUCCUUCUGGGCCGGGAGCGGCUUCGUCACGUUCCUCUCCGGCGUGGUCCCCCACGUGAUCAUCGGGUACACGGUGGUGGUGGCCGGGCUGGCCUACUUCCUCCUCCUGAGCGGAUUCUUCAUCACCCGCGACCGCAUCCCGAGCUACUGGAUAUGGCUGCACUACCUGUCGCUGAUCAAGUACCCGUACGAGGCGGUGAUGCAGAACGAGUUCGGGGCGGAGGCCGGGAGGUGCUUCAUGCGCGGGGUGCAGAUGUUCGACGGGACGCCGAUGGCGAGGCUGCCGGUGGAGACGAAGGUGAGGGUGCUGGAGGCGAUGAGCAGGUCCAUGGGGUUGGAACUGAACAGCGGCUCGUGCAUCACGACGGGGCCGGACAUACUGGCGAGGCAGGCGGUGACGGAGCUCGGCAAGUGGAGCUGCCUCUGGGUCACCGUCGCGUGGGGUUUCCUCUUCCGCGCGCUCUUCUACCUCACGCUUGUGCUCGGGAGCAGGAACAGGAGGAGGUGAACGCGCGUGCGGCAAUGUGCAGCUCGUGUGAUCGUCUUGUGGUGGAUCGUCUCCGAUGGUAGGUCCGCUUCUGAGACGUGUUGGCGUUAAUGGCGUACACCACCGCGUUUUCUGAUUUGUCUUGGCCCAAUAACCUAUGAUCUGCGUGUCGAUAAUGGGCCAAUAUAUAUACUCCCUCCGGGUUGAUAAUACUUGUCGUUUUAGAUAAGGGCAUGGUCUUCAAAAAGUAAUUUUGACAACUAUUUUCUAUUAUAAUAUAUAUAGAAAUAUCAACAAAUAUAUGGUUUUAUUGAAGUAAUUUUUAAGACUAAUCUACACAUAUGGUUUUUAUAUUUUUAAGAUAAAUAUUUUAGAAAUUAUUUGUAGUCAAAGAUUUUAAAAUUUAACUUUACCCUUAUUCAAAACAACUAAUAUUAUCAACCCGGAGGGAGUAACAAUUGUAAAUGCCCUAAUGGCUCAUUUGUAAAAGGAAGGAAUAAGUUCAUCGGAGGUCCCAACGAAUCCGAUUUUCUGUCCUUCAACCAGAAAAACAGAUACAACGGGUCCCUCAGCCAUCAAAACUAGUGCAGAUGAGGUCCCUCGGCGGUUUUGGCUGACGUGGCGCCUACGUGGCCAAUUUGACCUGCUCUUCAUCUGAUGUGGCAUUGACAUGGCGCUUACGUGGCAAUUCAAUCCGGGAAAAUAAUAAACCUCGUGGGACCCACAUGUCAGUUUCACAUAGAAAUUGAUAUAAAAAAUGGCAGGCCAAUGUGGGUCCCACAUGUCAUUCUCAGCCCCCCCUUCUUCCUCCUCUCUCCCCAUCUCCCUUUCUUCAACUCUCUCUCCCCGUUCCUCUCUCGCGACGGUGGCACGACUCCGGCAGCCGUGGCCCUAGCUGCGGGAGGCGGGACAAGGCGCCGGAUGGCAGAGACGCGGACUCGGUGGCGGCAGCGGCGGAGGAGGAGGCCGUGACGGUCGAGCGGCACCGCGGCCGGAGGGAGAUGGAGCUCGGGGGCAGAUGGCGGCGGGGGAGGGGGCGGGACGAAGAGGAGGAGAAGAGAGGGGGAGAGGAGGAUACGGUGACGGCGGUGGCAGAGGGCCCCGAGAAGAGGCCUCCCGGGACCCGGCGGACUCAACGUCGGCGACAGUGGUGGCGGAGGAGGAGGCCGUGGUGGUCGAGCGGCGCCGCUGCCGGAGGGAGAUGGAGCUCGGGGGCAGAUGGCGGCGGGGGAGGGGCGGGACGAAUAGGAGGAGAAGAGAGGGGAAGAGUAGGAUACGGUCACGGCGGUGGCGGCGGCCAAGGGCGGCGCCAUGGGAGGAAGGUGAGGUCCGUGCGCCUCUAGAUGCUUCUUCCUCCCUCGCCGUGGCUCGACUUCAGAUGACGAGCAGUGGGAACAUCCGGAGGUGGCAGAGGCAGGCACGGUGGGCGACGAGGAGAGGGGCGGCGGCCGCCGACGGUAGGCCCAUGGGGGCGGGAAUGGAGAAGGCUGCGCCUCCACGCUGUCCGCAUCUCUGCCGGUGAGAGGAGGGAGGAAAGAAGAGAGAGGUGAUGAUGGUGAGAU